CCCUUCGGCGGCAGCACGGAGAAGGUGACGUUUCUCCGGCGGACGGAGCGCACAGAUCAGAGCCAUUCUUUCCGUAGCUCGGUUCAUCCGCUAGCGCUAUCGGUUCAGUCGAUCAGGGACAAGGAAAGUGGAGGGGUCCCUCGGUCACCAUGGAGAACCCGGUGGAAAGCCUGCACAAGGAAGCCACUUGCUCCGUGUGCCUGGAGUAUUUCCGAGACCCGGUUUCCAUUGCUUGCGGCCACAGCUUUUGCCGCGCCUGCAUCACCCAGUGUUGGAAGGACCAGAGCACCAAUUUCUCCUGCCCGCAAUGCCGGGAAAUUGCCCUGCAGAGGAAUUUCAGACCCAACCGGGAGCUGGGAAACGUGGUGGAAAUCACCCGGAGGCUGAGCUUGCACGCCUUGCAAGGGGCCGCCGGGCAAGAAGAAGGAGAGGGGAGGCCGCUGUGCGAAAAGCAUCAGGAGGCGCUGAAGCUCUUUUGCAGCGAGGAGGAAAGCCUCAUCUGUUGUAUCUGCAGAGAGGCGCGGGCUCACCGGAGCCACACGGUCUUCCCCAUUGAAGAGGCCGCCCAGGAUUAUAAGAUAGGUUUGCUGCUUCCAGUGAAAAAUACUGAUGUGUUUGAUAAUUAUAGAUGA